AUGGCAAAACUAGAGAUGCAAAAUAAAGUCCUCCUCGAGGCGGUUAAACAAUACGAAGUCAGAGUGGCUAAAUUGGAAGCGCAAAACAACUCCCUCCUUGAGACGGUGAAGAAAUCAGCAACAGAACAGGCCAAAACCACGGAGAGUUGGGCGCACGUAGUGGCUAGAACUUCACCUCAGUCAGGAGCCACACUAUCGCCCCCAACAUCAUACCCUUCUAUCCCAAACUCAUUAAAUCCUCAUGGCUCCAUCUCGCAAACUUCGGAAACACUACAAACAUCCAUCGUCCUCGACCUAUUAAACACCGCCGAUCGAGUGGAAGACUUCACACAACUAAAAGAGAAGAUCAAUGAAGCUUUGAGGAAAUAUGGGCACACUAAGGAUGCGCGGUGUGUGGGGGUACAAAGGCGAGUAGGGGGAGAAUGUCAAGUCAAACUGUAA